AUGUUAUACAUCUUCUCGUCUCCCCCAUUUUACACAAAAUAUGUCAAAUUGCCAUCAGAACAUGAUCCAACACCAUCUGAAAUUCACAACAAUCCUCGAUUCUGGUCAUUCUUCAAGGAUGAAUUAGGUGCCAUAGAUGGAACCCACAUCAACUGCUCACCAUUUGCAGAGGAGCGUGCAAAUUCUCAAAAUUGA